AGGGAUCUUCAUCUUAUCGUCAGACCCUUCCCGCGCCCGCCUUUUUGAUUGUCUUAUGUGUGAGGCAACCAGAACCACCGCGAUAAAGUCGCUCUUGGUAGUCAUUCCAUUUGUUUCCAUGCAAUUGAAGUGCCCCUCAUCUUUUCCAUUUGUGACGAUUUACUUCACGCGCAGGGCCAGACUUGUCGCUUUCAUACAUCGAAGACACGACUAUACUGAAAAACUAGAUCCAACACAUUAGAGAGAGUAGCUUUAGGCUUUCAGCGUCAAAGAACUGGAACUCAUCGAAAAUGUGUCCCUGUGCUUGUUGGCUUUCGAUUGUGGACGUCCGCGGGCGGAGGCGUAGACCUCGUUAUCAUUCUCGAGCCGAGCGCCCCGAAUUAUGGUAGGUGGUCGAUGGCAUGUGCGCCCAUCGACCACUGUGUAGUAUAUUGAUAAUAGUCUUGAUUUUCUUCCUUCGUAAUCUUCGCAAUCAGCGCUGAAGCCUCUACUUCUUGAGGCACAAGAAGAAAGACCUGCCAUCUGUGUUCGUCUAAAUCAAUCUCACACGUGAGAAGCAUGACGCGCCAGAUCGCACGUAAGUGCCGCGUCGCUCGCGAAAAUGAGAGAGCGGCGCCGACUUAUGACUCUUCAGCCACAGCGUGCUGAUGUGUAGGGCUGUCCUCUUUGCUUUACCUCAAUUAGCGUCAGAGAGUCGCGCCCCCCUUUGCCCCUCCCGCCCCUUUACGCCUCAAGCGCUCGCCCCGUCACGCCUCCGAAGUAUUCCCCUCUGACUCGGCUGCCAUGGUUCCGCACCUUUUUUCCUUUUCUCUCAUUAGAUUCGUUGCUUAUCUCUUUUCCCUCCUAUUAGAUGCAGGCGCGUGCUCUGGCUUCAGUGGCAUGCUUUGCGCUUCUGUUGCUCUUAGAUAUUCGCUAGACCGUUGCGAGGCCAGAGCCUGGGCGGCGGAUUAUCUGUAGGCCCCUGCUUGACUAAAGGAAGCACAAAGGGCGCCAACCAAUACCACCGACGCCGAGACUCGCGCGCGACUCGUGGCGACAGACGCCGAAGCAGAAGAGAAGGAGGAGCGCGCCCCGCUUGGGUUGUCUUCGGUCUUCGCUGGAGCGCGUGGGGGUGCGGAUGUGCCUGCGUUUUGGUGCUGGCUUUCUCCGCACGUGGCUGCUAACCAGCGAAAGGAACCACCUGCGCCGGCUUCUCGUGUGUAGGUGUGUACUGGAAGGGCAUCGCCGGGCGUGUUUUGGGAUUGACGUCGGGCCUCACAAACGGGGGCAGCAGUCUACUCUACCCGCUUCAAGACUUAGAAGAGAAUCGCCCCGCCGCGGCUGGUCGGCGUGUGGACGAUGCAGCAAGACAGCAGCGCACAGACAGAACAAGCUGAGCUGGCCGCCUGCUUUGCUCCGUUUGUGUUGGUGUUUUGCCCACUGCAAACGCGUGGGCAGCACCAACGCGGCCGGGUGA